AUGUCUCGGCGUGUUGUGGUCUCCCUGAUUCUCGGGGCUUUUGGCAUUUCAUUGGCAGCUUCACAAGAAUUGACUGGCAAUUGUCCUGACUUUGGCUUCGCAUAUACUGCGGACGAGGCGGACCUGCUGCAGCAGCAGCAGACUCCGAGUUGGUCGGCCUGCGCGUUGCUGUGCAACCGCUCAGCAGCAGCAGCAGCAGCAGCAGCAGCAGCAGGAUGCGCCCACUUCCAGUAUGACUCUUUGACUGGCCUUUGCCGCCUCUUUGCUGCAGGGGCCCCAGGGGGGCCCCCCACUGCGGGCCGGGGGGCCCCCCAUUUGGUCUCGGGGCGGUACCCUGUGCUGCUGGCUGGCAGCAGCUGCGUCACUUCUGCUGCACUAUCUGAGUGGGGCCCCUGGGGCCCCUGGAGUCCCCAAGAGGGCCCCCUGGGGGGCCCCCCGGGGGGCCCUCUGGGGGGCCCCCUGGGGGCCCCCCUGGGGGGCCCCCAGGACCUCGGGGGGCCCCCAGAGGCCCCCCCGCUGCUGCAGCGAACUCGGCAAGUGCUGUGGGGCCCCCGCUUUGGGCCAGAGACUUUGCCUGCACUUAGGCAGCUGAAGCCAGCAGCAGCAGCAGCAGCAGCAGCAGUUGUAGCAGCAGCAGAUGCUGACUGCAGCUGGAGCGGCAUUGGCGUGCUGGGCUGGGGAUGCGAUCCUAAUGCCUCUUUCGAAGAAAGCGGUAAGUGA